UUCAUUUCUCAUUCCCACGCUCAACCAAGAUUGGGACAGGAUGGCCUCUUGGAGCCCCUCUUCCGUCCCUCUCGUUGCCGUUCUCCUGUCUCUCCUCCUCCUGCAGCAUUGCCUGUGUGGUUGCACCGUCAGUGCAGCCCGCAUAGGGAGGGCUGUUGUGUUGAAACCAUGCCCAGAUGACGCCUCUGUGAGCAUCUUUCAUGAGGCGCCAGUCUUCAACAACGGGGAAGGAUGCGGGCCCUCGGGUGGCCCUGGCGCAAUCCAUGUCGCGAUGACCCUAGAUGGGAACUACCUACGAGGCACAAUGGCUGCGGUACUCUCCAUCCUACAGCACUCAAUGUGCCCGGAGAACCUUGAGUUCCACUUCCUCGAGGCGAGGACCGAGCCAAAGAUUUCCUCCAACAUACGAUCCACCUUCCCUUAUCUGAACUUCACUGUCUACCCUUUCGACUCCAACCGGGUGCAGGGGAAAAUAUCCAGGUCUAUCAGGCAAGCGCUAGACCAGCCUUUGAAUUACGCGCGGAUUUACCUAGUUGAUCUCAUACCAACCAAAGUGAAGCGUGUGAUAUAUCUCGACUCUGACCUCAUCGUGGUUGAUGACAUAGCCAAGCUUUGGGAAGUUGAGCUAAAGGGCAAGGUUUUGGCUGCGCCGGAGUAUUGCCACGUGAACUUCACGAUGUACUUCACAGACCUCUUCUGGUUGGACCGGAGCCUAACCCAAACAUUCGAGGGACGGAGGCCAUGCUAUUUUAACACAGGGGUGAUGGUUGUGGACGUUGAAAAAUGGAGGCAAGGAGGAUACACUCAGAAGGUGGAGGAAUGGAUGGGAGUGCAAAAGCAGAAGAGGAUUUACCAUUUGGGCUCUUUACCACCGUUUUUGCUAGUUUUAGCUGGGAACAUAAAAGCGGUAGACCAUCGAUGGAACCAACAUGGUUUAGGCGGUGACAAUAUCAAAGGAAAAUGUAGGAGACUCCACCCGGGGCCGAUCAGCCUGCUCCAUUGGAGCGGAAAGGGCAAGCCCUGGCUGAGGUUAGAUUCGAGAAGGCCAUGCAUCGUGGAUCACCUCUGGGCACCAUAUGAUCUAUACCGGUCACCGAAACAUUUUCUAGAGGAAUGAGAAAGGGCAAGUAUAUAUUAUAGCAGGUAGCGCGAUUCAUCCAUAGGUGAAACGGUUAUGAUGAUGAGGUGAAUGAUACAUGAUGAUGAAGAGCAUUUCUACGGAAAGAUUAAGACCAGAAAAUUGCGAUUCUUGAAGAUUUUUUAAAAGGAAAGACAAUUGGUCCGAAGGAUUGAAGGAUGGCGAUGAAUUGCCUGAGUUUCUUUAUCAAAUUCUUUGCUUUGAAAUGCAAAGCCACAAUGUGUUUGAAGAUAUAUAUCCCCGGAAAUCUUUCAAGAUUGUAAUUAGCAUAAUUGUAUGCACAAUAUUGUACAUUCUUUUGCCAUUUUUAUUGAGUUGUGUCAAUCUAAUGAACACGAGAUCGGAUUU